UUUCCAGACGGAAGAGUUUUCUGUUGGACCGCCGGCGCGAAAACUCGGAACAUAACAACAAACACCACUCGGCAAAGUUUUCAAAAUAUCUCAUUUACUGAAGCGAAAUGAAGUUCCGAGCUAAAAUCAUCGAUGUCGGAUGUCUGAAUCACUUCACACGUGUGGUGAACACCGUGUCCAGGCUGACGAAGGCGUGUGUUCUGCGGCUCACCUGUGAUCACCUGUACUUCGUCCUGUCGGGUCGUGUGGCUUCUGGAGGAGUCAGUAUGUGGUGUGAACUCUCACAGGGGAAUUUCUUCGAUGAGUUCCAGUUGGAGGGAGUGUCUGCAGACGCCAAUGAGAUCCUUCUGGAAGUGGCUCCGGAGAAUCUUUCCAGGGCCUUAAAAACGGCCCAGAACGCCAAAUCUGUCAAAAUCAAACUGACCAAGAAGAGCAGUGCGUGUCUGACGCUCGCCGCGGAGCUGCCGUCUCUGUCCAGCGUCAGUCGUGUGGUCACUCAUGAUAUCCCAGUGGACGUGAUUCCCAGACGACUCUGGCAUGAUUUCAGAGAGCCGCAGAUGCCAGACUUUGAUGUCAGCAUAUAUUUACCUCCUCUGAAGACCUUGAAGAGUGUCGUGGACCGCAUGAAGAACCUCUCCAACUCUCUGGUGCUGGAGGCGAAUCUGAACGGAGAGAUGAAUCUGAAGAUCGACACAGAUCUGGUUUCUGUCACAACACACUUUAAGGAUCUGGGGAACCCUCCUUGGGGAGACGACGGCUCGCAGAGCUCCAGUCCUCACAGAGACACAGAGCUGAUGACUGAAGUGUGUGUGGACAUCAGGAAACUCCAGCAGUUCCUCACGGGACAACAGGUCCACCCCAGCAGAGCCAUGUGCAAUAUCGUGGACCGAAGGAUUCUUCACCUGAUCUUUCUGCACGAGGAUGUGUCUCUUCAGUACUUUAUUCCAGCGCUGGCCUGAGAUCAGAGUCACCUCAAACUAAAUCAUAUGCAGAAUAUCUGAACGAAAGGAAAAUAUAGGUGUUAUAAAAAAAGAAAAGCACUAUGUUCACAGUUUCUAAUGUAAAUGUCUGUAAAUAUAUA